AGCUACCGAGGUGGUGUGACUACUCUCAAGCCUCUCCUUCCCCGACACAGCAGCAUCUCGUAAACCAUGGCUUCUCGCAACGUGUGCUUGGUUGGUAUGCACUUCGACCGUCCCGGGGCUCCCAGGGUGUACUCUCGCAACACCAGCGUCUGGUCCGAGUAUGAGCUGGCCAGAAAGGAAAAAUACAACAUCUCCUAUGAAAAGAAGUCCUCAAUCGGCGAAGUUGACGUCAAGUACAUCCCGGAGAAGCCUCUGCGCGAGCGGCUGCCUGGUCUCUCCUCCCUCCACAUCUCCAAAGUCCGACGGAUUAUCUAGAGUGGCUAGCUCCGCCUCCCCCCGCCCAUCCCCGCCCGCCCUCACGUUGGUGACAUACGUCCACCGCCAGCAUGGAUGAAAAGAAGUGGAAGAGGAAGCUGCCUUAUCGCAUCUAUGACUACAACUACAAAGUAGGCGAGAGCUACUACAAUCCCCAGACCGAUUACAUCGAGAACCGUGAUCUGCUGCGCUCCAAAGUCCAGCCCCCGGAAGCUGCAACUUACGCUGAACGCUUCGCUAGUAAGCCAUUUUACGGGACGGCCCGAGGUCUCCCAUAUGGUGAAGACGAAGCAGCAUUGUCGAAGAACUUAGUCAAUCGUCGCUCCUCCAGCGCCAGUCGAACCUCCAGGGAUCAUGAACCUGAUGAUAUUCCUCGGUCGUCGAGGUUAGGACGAGGCCGGGCCAAGAAUCUGUCGUUUGACCUCGACGACGCAAAGCCGGAACCCCGUAGGAGAUUUUCACUCGUUGACGAUCUAGAUUUCAAAGACCCAGUAAAGAAGUUCAUCGAUUCUGAUUAUGGAUUCAAAACUUCUGUUGGUAAGAACUUAGUCAGUGAUACUGAUUUUGGUUUGAAUCCUUCGGCAAAACAGAGCAUCUUGGAUGGCAUAAAGAAUCUAGAAAAGCAGUUCAAGAAGGCUGAUGCAGUUGAAAGGGGCACUGGAUCGCGUGCUAAGAGGUGGGAAGAAGUGGUCUAUAAUGAGGCGCUUGAUGCCCCGGGUAAAAAGACCGUCAAAAGGGAUGAAAUUUCCUACAAGAUCCCCGGUACAGGCACCACGGUCCGCAAGAGUUCUUACCAAGAGACCAGCAAGUUCGAGUCUUCCAAACCCCCGAGAGCUCCCCCGAAGCCUUCUCGUCUCCUAAGCUUAGAAGAUGAUUAUGACUUCAAAGUUCCUACAAGGCCGAGACGUCGUAACUUCAGUUUGAGUGACGAUGAUUUCAAGCUCACCACUACACGCUCUAUUAAAAGCAGCUUCGACGAUGAUGAUAAGAAGUUCCGCUCAGCCAAGAAGAUGUUCGACCAGCGAAAGGCGCAGGAAUCCGAGGAGCUGAGCGAAAAUAUCAACAAAAUGAUCAAUAGGAUGCGGAAACACAGCGUCGGAGACACUGACAGCUACAAGUACACCAGAACUGUUCGUUCCUCGUCCGUCGAUCCUUACGACAACGAGUCGAGGGUGAAGUCUCGCACCUUGGCACGCUCACAAAACUUCGCCUACGGUUACUCGAAGUAAUACGUCUGCUCGAUUUCAUUUUCAUAACUUUCAGAUCAGUUUCUCUUCAGCCUCUCCUCGUGAACCACUUGUUAUAAUGCAUAGGGCAUCUAUACUGAAACUUCUUUUUGUUUACUAUUAGGCCUCUAUCGUAAAAAAAAAAUAUAGAUUCAUAUUUCCAUAAUGAAAAAUCCAUCUGAAGGUUGUUGCACCAUUUCGGAGUUAUCCCUUGUCAGAUAUGACUCACCACUAUAAACAAACCUGGGAACGGGUGAGUUUUGAACUCAUGGUCUAGUGGCUUGCGUACUGGCCUGGAGUUUUAUGACUCACUUGCCAUGAGUUCAAAACCCACCCGAUCCGUGGUUUGUCAGGUACUGAAUUAAAACAGUAAAAAUUUUGUAUCUGAGAGACAUCCCACUCAGUUGUACUGACUUGAGUGUCGAGUAGCACUCGAAAACACAGCUAUGCACAGGAGGCAUAAGAGUGUAAUAGGCUCAUUGGUUACACUUUUUACCUUCUUCUAGCUAUUUUUUCAUGAACUCUUUUUCCUUUAAUAUUUGCCCGUCUUGACGCGCUUAGGCAGCUUCCGGUGAUGUCAUGAGUGACGAGAAGAUUGAUUGGAUCAAGUCACAGAGAAAUUAAUGAAAUUUGCCAAUUGUAUCUAACUUUACUAUGAUGUCAUCGACUAUGUAAUUGGACUAACAACUCUAUCAUUUAUGGCUUGUACUUGUUCGUUUAGAUUUUUCUGUUAUAAUUCUGUCUGUGUAUUCCCCUUAAGGUUAUUGGUCACUAUGUGGUGCUGUAUACAUACUCAAAUCAAAUAUAAAUUUGAAAAAAAUUCCCCAUUGUGAAGCCAUCCAUUCUGAGAUUAUUGCUCUUGUUAACUAAUUGUAUAUUUUAAAAUAUAAAUAAAAGUACAACAGUAGAAUGAU